AUGGACAACCAGGUUUAAAUUUGAAUUCCAUAUUUUAGAUUAAAAGUUAAAGCAAAGUUAGUAUCAAUUAUAUUAAAAUAUAUUUUAAAAUGUAUAAAAUAAUUGAAUAUUUAAUAGAAAAAAUAGGAAAAUAGGUUUUUGAAAAUACUAAACAUUUAAUAAAAAAAAUAAAAAUGAUAAAAAAAAAAUAUUUGAUAAUAGUUGCAUUUAACUUUUAAAUUGUACAAAAAAUAAUUUUUGAACAAAUGAAUUUCAACGCUUUCAAUUUUAAAAAAAUAAAAAAUUACUCAUGGAUUUCAUUUUCCCAUAUUGAAUCAUUAAAUUUAUUUUCAAGGACAUUGAAAUCAGCGAAGCUUUUGACUUAAUGGACACAAAUCAGCAGAUGGCAAUUAGCCCAAGAAACUUUAAAAUAGCAAUAAGGGCAUUGGGAUUGGAACUAAGUCGAGAUCAAUACAUCAAGUUAAUAUCUGGAAUAGAAAAAGAUCAAGAAGGAUUUAUUAAAAAAGAAAUAUUCAUGAAGGAAAUGCGUAAAUUAUUAUCAAAGAGAGAUACCAAAAAUGAUAUGAUAAAAGCAUUCCAAUUAAUUGAUGAGGAUGACACGGGAAAAAUUAAUUUUUACAAACUCAAAAAUGUUGCUAAGAUGCUUGGAGAGCAAGUAUCUGACCAAGAAAUUUUCAAUAUGUUGGACGCUGCAGAUGAAGAUGGGGAUGGACAAGUCAAUCUUACAGAAUUUAUGAAGAUCAUGGAUAGAGCUAGAAAAGUUCUAUAA